AUGCUGCGCGAAAUUAGCCGGCGUGUCGACUGGGUUCUAGUGGGGGGCCGUUGGACGCGGAUGUCCGUCAUCGGCACCAGUCUCUCAGCGGACGUUCUCGAUCGCGAAAAUAAAGGGGAUGUCGACGAUCGUGUUGUAAUUCUGAUGAUACCAGGUAACCCAGGUAAUGAGGGAUUUUAUGCCGAUUUUGGCCAUCGCGUUGUGAAGUGUUUGUUGUCAAGAGAAGAACGAAUGGGUGAUCGUAAACGACACUACUUAUUCUAUACUGUUUCACAUUUAAAUCAUGUUGUCCUCCCGAAUGAGCUGAAAAAUGCUGGCAAACCCAAGCCUUAUGAUCGUUUUCACCUUGAUGCUCAAGUGCAGCAUAAACUGGAUUUCGUCAGGGAGCACCUUCCGAAGGGUCAAAAAGUCUAUAUCCUUGGUCACAGUAUAGGUGCUUACAUGAUGCUCAGGAUACUCCCAUAUAUAAAAGACGAUUUCAACAUCAGAAAGGUUAUCGGACUCUUUCCCACAGUUGAGAAAAUGGCCGCUUCUCCGAACGGUGUGCGUCUGAAACGAGUGCUUGCUACGCUGGAUGCAAAUGACUGGCUUGCGAAGUCCGUGUCGUUCUGGUUGGACUUUUUACCCGAGAAAAUGAAGCAGUGGCUGGUUUCAUGGAAUCUUACGGGAGAAAUGGUACCAGCCAAUGUCAUCAUGUCAGCAGCAGAGCUUUUGAAUAUGAAUGUUUUCCGUAAUAUUGUUCACAUGUCGCAUGAUGAACUCAAUAAGGUGGAUGAUUUUGACAGCUCCCUGAUAACUAACAAGGAACUGGUAUACUUUUACUAUGGCAAGGAAGAUGGCUGGUGUCCGGAGGAAUUAGGUUAUUCAAUGGAAACCCGUUUACCCCGUGGACAUGUGCAGCUGGAUGAGCACGGUUGUGAACAUGCAUUUGUAAUCCGUGAUGGAGCAAUUGUUGCAGAGAAACUUCUACAGUUUAUAAAUUAA